CGCUGCUCGCUCCACCAUGCAGCGUCUGCCUCGCCUGCUGCGCGCCUCGCACUCGGCCGCCCCGCUCUGCGUGGCCGGGCCGUCGGUGCCGCGUCCUCUGCCGCGCCCACGAGCCCUCCACGUCUCGCACGCUGCACUGCGGCCGCCGGCGCCGCACGAGCCGGCCGCGCAUGAUAAGGCCGCUCCGCCGCCGCCGCCGCCGGCUCGCAGCAGCAAGGUGGCAACCAGGCAUACCUCUGCGCAGCCGCAGCCGCGCAGCAGUCAGAACGAUGCCGCUGCUGCCGCGCCGCCGCCACCGCCCGACGCGCCGCCAUCAGCGCUGCGCUCUCGCAACGCUGCAGCGUCGUCAGAAGGCAGCAGCAGCAGCAUUCGAAGCAGCGCAGCGAGCACCAAGAAGCAGACGGCUCUCACUCCUUCGACCUCUGCGCCAUCAGCGCCCACUACUGCCGAAGCAGUGCAGCCGACGAUCCAGGAGCGCAUCAAGACGCUCUUUGCGCAGGCGAAGUUUCUCUUCAAGUUCUACCUCGCUGGCCUGAAGCAGCUGCAGACGAAUCGCCUGCGUGCAAAGGAGAUUCGUGCGGCGGCGCUGACUCGCAAGGAAGGAGAGGAGAAGUGGAGCUGGGCUGAGGGGAGAGUGCUUCGGACACACUCGGCGGACAUGUGCAAGCUGCCGCUCUUUCUCGCCAUUCUGCUGAUCCUCGAGGAGCUGCUGCCGCUCGUCGUCAUCUACGCUCCCGGUCUGCUGCCUUCGACUUGCAUCUUGCCUUCGCAAGCGUCUAAAAUCCGCGUCAAGGAGGAGCUGGCUCGCGCUGGCGCCGUGCUUGAGCUGAGGAAGCAUGAGUCGGACGUGCACGCCGCGCUGGCCGUCGAGCCUGCCGUGGGCGCCGUUGAUGAGGGUGCUGCGCUGCGGACACUAGAGCGCGAGCGGCUCGUCGAGCUUGCCAAGAUGCACGCGCUCGCAACCUGGGGCCCGGCAGCCUUCCUUGUGCGCCGUCUCUCCUCGCACGUGGCCUUCGUCAAGGCGGACGACGCUGCGCUCGCCAAGGCUGUGGAGCGCGGCGACAUGCCAGAUGCUGAGCUGCUUGUGCAGGCGUGCAGCGAGCGCGGACUGCAAGCAAGCGGAAUCGAGCAGGAGCAGAUGCAGAGUAACCUGCGCCGCUACCUGGGCCUGCCGCCAUCCCCACUGCUGCGCGCCCUGACGCUGUACCCACAGCCGACGGCCGCCUCGCUUGCGCCGCUGCAGGCCGUCGCCGCCGAGGAUGCCGACAAGGGCGUCAUGGCCAAGGCCAAGGAUGUGGUGCACGACGUCGUCGAGGCCGAGAAGCGGCGCGAGGCGGGCAAGGCGCCGGAGCCCGAGGAGAAGUCGAAGUCGCCAUAGAGACCUGAUGCUGCGGGCAGAGCAACUGCUAGAGCUCGCGCCUCCAUCCCACCACCAUUCGUUAAUACACGCACGCUGGAGAGAGAGCUCGGGUGUGAAAUGCAAGACGUGCUAAUUAACA